AUGGGCAUGGGCAUGGGCGUCGACUGCGACACACCGAGCAGCGCCGGCCCUGCAGCCAAUCCGGCGCUCUGCUCGUCCUCGCGAAAGCGCAAGCUCCCCGAUACGUGGACCGACGCGCCGCGACCUUCCAACCGCGCCAACACACCCAAUCUCGACAGUAUCGGUGCAACAAAGCAACCAGACGGAGGCAAACCCAAGAAGGCGAGAAAGGCACAGGCAGAACAGGAGGAGAAGCGCCUGAGGAGGUUUCGCGCCAAAGCUCCCCAAACCUUCAAUGAUGUCUACGAAAGGGCGACGUCGCAGCGUUUCUACGUCCUAAACAGAUCCCGAGCUGGCACCGCUGAAUGCCCCGAGGAACUCGUGGAGAUGACUGGGUCUACCGGCAAUAUCUACGCCGUACACGUCGCCCAGCAGCCCACGUGUACCUGUCCCCAUUCCCAGAACGGUCACCAGUGCAAGCAUGUACUCUACGUUCUGUCGAGAGUGCUUCACGCGCGUUUCGACCUAGUAUACCAGCUUGCUCUUCUAUCUACCGAGCUCCAGGACAUAUUCCGAAGUGCGCCCCCUAUCGAGGUUGGCGACGAUACCAGCAAAAAGGGUGCCGACAAGAACCGGAAGGCCGUAGAGGGAGACUGUCCGAUCUGUUUCACGCUUUUCGAAGCUGGCGAAGAUAUCGUCUACUGCCGUGCUACCUGCGGCCAGAAUAUCCAUCAGGAGUGUUUCGAGAUGUGGGCUGCGACCAAGCGCAAGAGUGCCAGGGACCAAGUCACAUGUCCCAUGUGCCGAACCCCGUGGCAAGGAGACGACGACAUGGUCAAGAAAAUCAAAAAGACAGGCAUUCCCGGCCCAGAUGGAUACGUCAACGUCGCUGACCAACUUGGACUCAGUCAGAAAAGAGACACGAGCACCUACUACUCCGGUCCUCGCCGCGGUCAGCGAUACACGGGUUGGUGGUGA